GCCAAAACAGAGCUUCUAUAAAGAGGGAUUCUCUCUCUUUUUCUCCCUACCCCUCCUCUUUCUCUCUUUUCUUUCUUUCUGCAUUGCUUCCUCUCUCUCUCUCUCUUUGAUCCAAGCAUACGUUUGCAUUAUUACAAGCUACUGGUUUCUUCUGACAAAGAGACAGUCACUUUCGUCUAAUCGAAAAUCUGCAUUGGGUUUUUGUUUUUGAGCAUAAUUAUAGUGGGGGUGUCUUGGCAAAUUAGAGUGUGAAGUUUGAGCUAGUGUUUUCUGACAUUCCAGCUCUUCCUCCAUUAAUUUCUUGCGUCCCUCAGAAGCAAAAAAAGAUCAAUAUUCUUGCAGUUUUGGCAAAGAAAACCCCUAUAUAUACACAAGCAGUUCGUCACUUUUCUAUCAAGUCCCCUGUUUUUUAUCCUAUCCCCUGUCUUUUUUCACUCUCAAAUGGACCAUAUUUCAUCCACAACGUCGUUUGAGGGUGCUGGAGAUGAUAUUACUGAGCAAUUUAGCAUAAUUUGGGGCCAGAUCAAAGCUCCAUUGAUUGUCCCUUGGCUUAAAGUUGCUGUAUUUUUAUGCUUGAUACUGUCAGUCAUGUUGUUCAUUGAGAGAGUUUACAUGGGCAUUGUCAUCACUCUUGUGAAAAUUUUUGGUAGAAAACCAGAAAAACGCUAUAAAUGGGAGCUAUUAAAAGAUGAUUUGGAGAUAGGGAAUUCAGCUUAUCCCAUGGUUCUUGUUCAAAUCCCAAUGUACAAUGAAAGAGAGGUAUACCAACUGUCAAUUGGGGCUGCAUGUGGCCUUUCUUGGCCCUCUGAUCGAAUAAUUAUUCAAGUUCUCGACGAUUCGACAGAUCCUAUAAUCAAGAAUCUGGUGGAAAUGGAGUGCCAGAGGUGGGCGGGCAAGGGAAUUAAUAUCAAGUACGAAAUUCGUGACAACAGAAAUGGAUACAAAGCUGGAGCAUUAAAACAGGGCCUAAAGCACCCUUAUGUGAAACAAUGCGAUUAUGUAGCAAUCUUCGAUGCCGAUUUUCAACCCGAACCCGAUUUCCUCUGGAGAACCAUCCCUUUCUUAGUUCAUAAUCCAGAACUUGCUCUAGUUCAGGCUCGUUGGAAGUUUGUAAAUGCUAAUGAAUGCUUGAUGACAAGAAUGCAAGAAAUGUCACUAGACUACCAUUUUACAACAUGUAGAUCACUCCAUUUGCUGGUAUUCUGGAUCCUUUACGAGAAUGUCAUGUCACUACAUCGGACUAAAGCUACCUUCAUCGGCUUGUUGGAGGCAGGGAGAGUGAAUGAAUGGGUUGUCACCGAGAAACUUGGGGAUGCCCUCAAAUUAAAAUCAGCCACGAAAGCUUCUAAGAAACCUCGACUAAGGAUCGGAGAAAGGCUCCAUUUGCUAGAGCUUGGCGCUGGUGCUUACCUCUUCUUUUGUGGGUGCUAUGACAUGGCAUUCGGGAAAAACCACUAUUUCAUCUACCUCUUCGCACAAGCAAUGGCCUUUUUCAUCGCGGGGUUUGGUUAUAUUGGGACAUUCGUUCCACAGUCUUAGAGUGUCGUCCUCUUCAGAAAUAUUGGCAGUUUCUUCUUCUGCUCUUCAUAUUUUUUCCAUAUACUACUUACAAUUCUUCGCUUGUAGAAAGAAUGAUAUUAUUCUUUUAGGUUAAGCAUAAGAAUUCGAGUUAUAUCUCGAAUCAUUUUCUUUGUUAUAUUGGACAAGUGUUCACAGAAGUUCAUGUUCGUGUCCAAAGCACACUGUAAGAUAAAAGUUUAUGAUUUUGGAGCCAGUUUUUCUUUU